AUGAGCGCAAAGCCCUCAAGUGGCCCCGACGCCUGGGAGGAGGACUGGGAGAGUCAGGCUGAUUCUUUCGCUGUGGAAUCCGCCCCGCCUCCGCAGGAGAAGAAAGUCUCCUCGAAAGUUACCAAGGCCCAGCGCAGAGCCCAACAGGCCGAAUUUAACCGACAGCUAUGGGCCGAGGCGUACGUAUACUACAAUUAUGACUUUGCCGAUGUUUGCCUGACCGUUUUUCGCUACAGAGAAUCACCUCAGACGUUUCAUUACCUAGAAGCGCGGUCAAACGUCCCGCUCAAGCAGGAAUUCAAGCCCACCGUCACUGUUCUCAGUCGCAAUCCCCAAAUAGCUACGCGUCAGUCGUCCUCCGUGGACGCUGCGAGUGCUGGUAUGAGAAGACUAGGGCUGAAUGAGGAUGACGACUCUGAUGAGGAUAAACCGCCUCAGCCUACACCCGAGGAGCGGCAGGCUAUUGCGCUGCGCAAUCUGGAAGAGAAGCAGCGCAAAUAUGAGGAAGUCAGGGAGAGGCUGUUCGGUAGCCCGUCUGCCCCUACUUCCGGCGCGUCCUCGCCACGCAGUGCUACCCCGCCUAAACAACACGAGGGCCGAGGCAAAGGGAGAAGCCGUGGGAAUGGGCGAGACAACAACCGUGACAAGCGUGACUCGUCUGCUGCAUCCGGGAAGUCUAAGCAACUCUACGAUCCGGGGUCUCCUAAACCGAACUCGAGCUUUGGACCGCGGAGGGAGAAACAGAGCGGUGUCCGAAGGGAGGAUGAUUCGCAAUCUCCAAGGCAGCCAAUCCGCAGUCCUCGUGGCCCUGAUAGUAGCGGAAGGGGCGGGUUUAGAAUGGGCAACAGGGGUGCCCGUGGAGGCUAG